AUGAUUCGUGAAGCUGAGGAUAUUGUUGAGACAAUGAUAAAGCGAGGCGUUGAGCCUAAUGUUGUUGUUACUUAUAAUUCAUCGGUUGAUGCACAUUGCGAGAACGGGAUGGUUUCUAAAGCUGAUGAUAUUGUUGAGUCAAUGAUAAAGAGAGGCGUUGAGCUUAAUGUUGUUACUUAUAGUGCAUUAAUAGACAGUCAUUGCUCGCAAAACAACGUGGAUAAAGCUAGAAGAGUACUUCAAUUGAUGAUUGAGAACAGGUGGAGAAUUUCAGCUGCGUGUGAACUUUUGAGGAAGAUGGUUGCUUUGGGACAAGUUCCGGACAUAGUGUCCUGCUCGAUCUUGGUGCACAGUGUAUGCAAAAGAGCUGGGCAGAUCAAAGUCGCAAAGGAGUUAUUUCACGAUCUCUUAGUCAAUGGCUUAAAACCGAAUGUUUACGCAUAUGCUAUAUUGAUCAAUGGACUCUGUAAAGAGGGAUUGCCAGAUGAAGCAUAUAAGUUGUUUAGGAGCAUCAAAGAUGAUGAUUGUUUGCCUAAUAGCGACUGUUAUAACGGAACGAUCCAGGGGUUUCUUCGAACAACUAUACCUCAAAGGCAACACAACUUCUUUAAGGAAAUGGUCGGGAAGGGAUUUUCUGCAGAUUUAUGCACCGCCACCUUAUAUGUGGAUCGCAUCUUAAGAUCUAAUGACUCAAUCUGA